CGAGCGCAGCACCCGCGCGGCGAGCCACCUCCCCCGCCGCCCGCUAGCAAGUUUGGCAGCUCGGAGUCCGGCGCGCCUCGGGAUCCAGGCGCAUUUGUUUCCUCCUGGCAACGGCGCGCCGGGCUUGGCGGGGACCCUCGGGAGCGAUGCCGCUGGAUGUGAUUUUAGUUGUGUGGAUCUGUGUGUGCACCGCCCGGACAGUACUGGGCUUUGGGAUGGACCCAGACCUUCAGAUGGACAUUAUGACUGAGCUUGACCUCGUGAACACCACCGUUGGAGUCACCCAGGUGCCCGGGCUGCACAACGCCAGCAAAGCCUUUUUAUUUCACGAUAUGGACAGGGAAAUCCAUGCAGCCCCUCACGUGAGUGAGAAAUUAAUCCAGCUCUUUCGGAAUAAGAGUGAGUUCACAUUUUUGGCCACUGUACAGCAGAAGCCAUCGACUUCAGGAGUGAUCCUGUCCAUUAGAGAACUGGAACACAGCUAUUUUGAACUGGAGAGCAGUGGUCUGAGGGAUGAGAUUCGCUACCACUACAUACAUAAGGGGAAGCCCAGGACAGAGGCACUUCCCUACCGGAUGGCAGAUGGAGAGUGGCACAAGGUGGCGCUGUCAGUCAGCGCCUCUCAUCUCCUGCUCCACGUUGACUGCAACAGGAUUUAUGAACGAGUGAUAGACCCUCCUGAGACCAGUCUUCCCCCAGGAAGCAAUUUAUGGCUGGGUCAGCGCAACCAAAAACAUGGGUUAUUCAAAGGGAUCAUCCAAGAUGGGAAAAUCAUCUUUAUGCCUAAUGGACAUAUAACACAAUGUCCGAACCUGAAUCGCACUUGCCCAACUUGCAGUGAUUUCUUAAGCUUGGUGCAAGGAAUAAUGGAUUUACAAGAGCUUUUGGCCAAGAUGACUGCAAAACUCAAUUAUGCAGAGACAAGACUUAGUCAAUUGGAAAACUGUCAUUGUGAGAAGACCUGUCAAGUCAGUGGCCUGCUCUACAGAGACCAGGACUCCUGGGUCGAUGGUGACCACUGCAGGAACUGCACGUGCAAAAGUGGCACUGUGGAAUGCCGAAGGAUGUCCUGCCCCCCUCUCAAUUGCUCCCCAGACUCCCUCCCCGUGCACAUUGCUGGCCAGUGCUGUAAGGUCUGCCGACCCAAAUGUAUCUAUGGAGGAAAAGUCCUUGCAGAAGGCCAGCGGAUUUUAACUAAGAGCUGUCGGGAAUGCCGAGGUGGAGUUUUAGUCAAAAUCACAGAAGCAUGCCCUACUUUGAACUGCUCAGAAAAGGAUCACAUUCUCCCAGAGAACCAGUGCUGCAGUGUCUGUAGAGGUCAUAACUUUUGUGCAGAAGGACCUAAAUGUGGUGAAAAUUCAGAGUGCAAAAAUUGGAAUACAAAAGCUACUUGUGAGUGCAAGAAUGGUUAUAUCUCCAUCCAGGGAGACUCUGCCUACUGUGAAGAUAUCGAUGAGUGUGCCGCUAAGAUGCACUACUGUCACGCCAAUACUGUGUGUGUCAACCUGCCGGGGGUCUACCGCUGUGACUGUGUCCCAGGAUAUAUCCGUGUGGAUGAUUUCUCUUGCACAGAGCACGAUGAAUGUGGCAGCGGGCAGCACAACUGUGAUGACAACGCCAUCUGCACCAACACUGUCCAGGGACACAGCUGCACCUGCAAACCGGGCUAUGUGGGGAACGGGACGCUCUGCAGAGCAUUCUGUGAAGAGGGCUGCAGAUACGGUGGAACAUGUGUCGCUCCUAACAAAUGUGUCUGCCCUUCUGGAUUCACGGGAAGCCACUGCGAGAAAGAUAUUGAUGAAUGUACAGAGGGAAUCAUUGAGUGCCACAACCACUCCCGCUGCGUUAACCUGCCAGGGUGGUACCACUGUGAGUGCAGAAGCGGUUUCCAUGACGAUGGGACCUAUUCACUGUCCGGGGAGUCCUGUGUUGACAUUGAUGAAUGUGCCUUAAGAACGCAUACCUGUUGGAAUGAUUCUGCCUGCAUCAACCUGGCGGGGGGCUUUGACUGCCUCUGUCCCUCUGGGCCCUCUUGCUCUGGUGACUGUCCCCAUGAAGGAGGAUUGAAGCACAACGGGCAAGUGUGGACCCUGAAAGAAGACAGGUGUUCUGUCUGCUCCUGCAAGGAUGGGAAGAUAUUCUGCCGACGGACUGCUUGUGAUUGCCAGAAUCCAAGUGUUGACCUUUUCUGUUGCCCAGAGUGUGACACCAGGGUCACAAGUCAAUGUUUAGAUCAAAAUGAACACAAGCUCUAUCGAAGUGGAGACAAUUGGACUCACAGCUGCCAGCAGUGCCGGUGUCUGGAAGGAGAGGUAGACUGCUGGCCACUCAGCUGCCCCAGUUUGAGCUGUGAGUACACAGCCAUCUCAGAAGGGGAGUGUUGUCCCCGCUGUGUCAGUGACCCCUGCCUGGCUGAUAACAUUGCCUAUGACAUCAGAAAAACUUGCCUGGACAGCUAUGGUGUUUCACGGCUUAGCGGCUCAGUGUGGACAAUGGCUGGAUCUCCCUGCACAACCUGCAAAUGCAAGAAUGGGAGUGUCUGCUGUUCGGUGGAUUUGGAGUGUCUUCAUAAUAACUGAAGUAUUUAAAAUGGACUCAUUGUGGGAGAAAAAUGGAGAAAAUGACCAUCCAACAUGAGAAGAACAGGAAUUGAUAUUUUCUACCAUGGACAAUUACCAAAGUCUCCAUCUGAGGAAGGUGUGCGGAGGUUGCCUUUCGGACCUAUCAUUUUGCUCAUUCUUGCUAACCUAGUCUAGGUAACCUACAGUGCAGUGCAUUUAAGUCUAUGGUUGUUAAAAGAAGUUUCCCGUGUUGUAAAUCACACGUUUCCCUUAUCAUUUGCAAACCCAUUUAAAUGACCUCAUGGUAAAUGUUGACGUACUUUUCGGUUUAUUUUCUGUACUAACAUAAGGGAUUCAGCUCCUUUUAUUUUUUUCUUGAUUUUUGGAUCAAGUUCUACAAAUAAAGUUGCCUGUUGUGAUUUUCGUCCCCUCUACUGCAUACUUAGUAGCAAGACCCCUAUGAAAAAUAUUGAUGAAAAUAUGUAUGUGGAAUCCAAUUGCAUCAUGUUUCUAUUUCAAACACAGAUGCCUCGGGAUAUUUGUUAAAGAGAGGAAAGACCACAAACCUAACUAAAUAAUUACUUUAAGAAGAACUUUCUCUUGCCAGAAAGAAACAAAGCAUUUCCUGGCACUGCAAGAGAAAAAUCUCUUUCAUAAUUUACAAGGUAUUCUCAUACCUACUAAUAUGUUAUCAAAGCACAGGUAAAUGUGCUUUUAUUAUUCCUGUGUCAUGGAAGAGUAAAUUUGUCUCAGUCACCCAAUGUGCACAGAUCUAGUUAAUUUUAGUAAGUUAGGACUGGUUACCAGUCUCUUAAUGUGUUCUCAGUGCUAUUUUCUGCUAAUCCACAAAACUCUCAUAUUGUAGGAGAUACAGUCAUUUUAGAACAGUAAAUGUCUACAUUUGAGCCAUGACAAUAUUUUUAAGAGUUGGAUAUAAUUAUAUUUUAUCUAAGCUGUGAAUUCACACUUACUAGUUUCAGGUAAAUCACAUCUUCAUAGUUUAAAUUACCUAAGUUACCUGAAUUCAUCAUUAAGUUGGUUCACUCUGCCAACUUCAACAAAGACCUAAUUUGAUAAGCCUGCCAUGCUAAAAAUAUUCUAAAACCUCAAUCUAACAAAAUUAUUAAUAAUCAUAAGCUCUAAUCACCAUUAUCCAUUGGUAAUUGUCCACUGGAGACAAUUUGGCCACUGGAGUCCACUGGAGAAACUCGGUUUUUGUUUGUGAAAGUAAAAUUCACCACAUGACAAUAAGUUCACAUGUUAAGUUGUGAUAUCAGCUCAAAAGCUGCAUUUAACAAUUACUACUAUAGUAAAUUAAACAUCUCCAUUUUACUUAAUUUUUAAACUUAACAAUGGAAUGGAGAAUUUGAAAAUGAUUCUUCUGAAAAAAUAUUUAUGACACCUCCAUUAAAAAAAAUCUUUCAAUUUUCACUGAAGAAGCACAUUUCUUUACAAGAAUCUAUACAGGUCAGGGGUUGGCAAAGAUGGUCCCUUGUGUCAAGUCCAUUUUUCUGCCCAUUGGUACACACAGUCAUUUCUGCUCAACAGGUGCAAUGGCACCAUUGGGCACCCUCAACAGAUAACCUGGUUCACAAAACCAAACAUUACUUUCCUGUCAUCUACAGGAAAAAAAAAAAAAAAAAGCCAACUGCUGAUGUAGGUAAUGAACACUGUUAUGUAAUUUAGAAUGUGUUUCCAUUUUUUUUUUCAAAGAAUUUUCAAAACUCAACAGUUUUCUUUGAUUUUGUUAAUCCCAUUCUUUACUGCAGGGCCAUUAGCCUUGAUUGCUUAUCGUAAAAUCCUGGCAUUUUGCAACAAUUUAAGAUUUCAUAUAUGCAUUUUAACCUGUGGGAUAAAUUUAAUCUUUGCUAAUUUGAUGUCAAAAUAUUGUUGAUAUUUAUUAUCAGGACUACCAGUUCCUAUCAAUAAGGGGUUUACUUCCUACAAAAUGUCUGAUGAGAUUUUCCUAUUGAAAAUUAUUGAGUACUUUAUACAGAAGGUGCUCCGCUGGGUAAAUAAAAAG